GAACCUCGCCACGCCGCUCCAGCUCCCCGAUCAUCCGUCCGGUCACCACCCCGCCGGCAUUGUCAGCCACUGGCCGUGCGUGGCGUCGGCGUGCGACCGAUGCCGCCCAUGCCCAUGCCGCGCGCCGGCCGGCUCCUGCUCCGGCUCCUGCUCUGCGUCGCCACGGUGGCCGCGGUGGUGUCGGGCGUGGACGGGCACACGCGGGGCGUGCGGCCGGGGAGGGCGGCGGGGCGGCCGUUCCCGGAGAACGCGACGCGGGCGGAGGAGCUGGAGCGGCUGUUCAUGCGGUGGGUGCGGUACGUGGGCGGCCUCAAGCACAGCACGUUCCACCACGCGCCGGUCGCCCGCGCGUUCCCGUCCUACUCGCUCGUCGUCGACAAGGACCCCGCGGCCGGCGACUUCACGUCCGUCCAGGCCGCCGUCGACUCGCUCCCGACCAUCAACCUCGUCCGCGUCGUCAUCAAGGUCAACGCCGGCACCUACACGGAGAAGGUGACGAUAUCGUCGACGCGCGCGUUCAUCACCCUCGAGGGCGCCGGCGCCGACAAGACAGUCGUGCAGUGGGGCGACACCGCGGACACGCCCGCCGGGCCGAGGGGGCGGCCGCUGGGCACGUACGGCUCGGCGUCGUUCGCCGUGAACGCGCAGUACUUCAUUGCCAGGAACAUCACCUUCAGGAACACGGCGCCGGUGCCGAAGGCGGGGGCGACGGGGAAGCAGGCGGUGGCGCUGCGGGUGUCGGCGGACAACGCGGCCUUCGUGGGGUGCCGGUUCCUGGGCGCGCAGGACACGCUCUACGACCAGUCGGGGCGCCACUACUACAAGGAGUGCUACAUCGAAGGCUCCAUCGACUUCAUCUUCGGCGACGCGCUCUCCCUCUACGAGGGGUGCCACGUGCACGCGAUCGCGCGGGACUACGGGGCGCUGACGGCGCAGAACCGGCAGAGCAUGCUGGAGGACACGGGGUUCUCGUUCGUGAGCUGCAGGGUGACGGGGUCGGGGGCGCUCUACCUGGGCCGGGCAUGGGGCACCUUCUCCCGCGUCGUCUUCGCCUACACCUACAUGGACGACAUCAUCGUCCCGCGCGGCUGGUACAACUGGGGCGACCCCGGCCGCGAGCUGACGGUGUUCUACGGGCAGUACAAGUGCACGGGCCCCGGCGCGAGCUACUCCGGCAGGGUGCCGUGGUCGCGGGAGCUCACCGACGAGGAGGCCAAGCCAUUCAUAUCGCUCAGCUUCAUCGACGGCACCGAGUGGAUCAGGAUAUGACAGAGGCCGCGUUCGCCGUGACACGCGCACGCGUCAUGUAAAGAAGAGGAAGUGGAAAGACAGAGUGAAUUUAUACAGGUUUUUUGCGGUCUUGUUUUGGGCGGCGGCGAGUGUGUUUUUUCAACUCAGACAGGUCCCGUGCAGCAUGGUACUCGAUCGGCCCCUCGCUAGAAACGCAUGGCAGGCAUAAUCGCCCGUAUUUUCGAGGUCUAAUUAUUUGUUUAGACAACAUAUAACUAAACAAAUGCUUGUAGAAUAUUAUGUUGGGAAAAUCUAACUAACAGCUCUCGUGCUCCGCAAACGAUUGUGUUCUCUUUGUCAUGCAUGCGUGCAUGCAAUGAUUCAUCUCUAAAUGACGGGAAUUUUAAAA